AUGGACCUGGCAACUCAAAUUCGCGCCGCGCUACAGUCUCAAUCCUUCCCCGUGCCUUCAAUCCCCUGGAUUACGACCUUGACAUCCCGCGUUCCAACUCCCCCGCUCCCCUCACUCAUUGCGACCGCCAAAGCACGUCUCCUCGCAUCCAAUCUUACCACUCCGGGUCUCAUCGAACCCUCUUCUACAGCACAUCUUCCUCCUCCAAGGCCCACCACUCCGGAGACGAUCCUCUCCCAGAAUGUUCAUUGCCAGAUCCUCGAUGUUGAGAAUUUGAGCCUCUCGCGCUGGGAGCAGGUAGAGGAGCUAGAGGCCAUAGCGCGUGGGGAGCAAACCACCGGCCGGAGAGUUGUGAGGAUUGCGGCAGAGGAGUCCGAAUACGAUAAUGUCGAUGAGGGCUCUGGGAGAGCACAACCUCAGCCGCAGCAAAGGAAGAAUGCAACGCAUAGACUUGUGUUGGAGGAUUGCACGGGUCAGAAAAUUUAUGCCGUUGAGCUGAGGCGGAUUGAGAAGAUUGGGAUCGGGAGUACGAACAUCGGAGAGAAGAUUAUGCUCAAGGCUGGGGCAGUUGUGGCAAGGGGCACAGUGUUGCUUGAGCCGGACAAUUGCGUGAUGUUGGGUGGAAAAGUUGAUGCUUGGCAGAAGGCCUGGGUCGAGGAGAGAAUUGCGAGACUAAAGGAAGCUAUUGGGGCCGAAGGGGCAUAG